GUGGAUCCCGAGAGAAAAGCAGCAGAACACAGUAAUUACGGAAGAACCAAACAUGAGGCUUCGAAUUUGAAGAUCCUAACUUCCACCUUUCCCUCCUCAAUCCUCCCGCGGAUUCCGUGUAACAUGCCUUUGAUUUCACGUUCACUGCUCUUUUUCAUCCUCCUCAUCGAAUCAUGUAACAGUUAUAUUUUCCAUUGUCUCUACAAUGAUCAAUGACAAAGUCAACUCUUUCGUUUCAUUCAUAAGCUCCUUUUUCAGUUUCCCUGGAUCUCAUUGACCUCCUCCACCUUCACAGACUCAGUUCUUCAUCUUCCCCACGAUUUGUUCUCCAGUGCACGUGAACCGUAUUGAAGCUGCAUGCGACAAUGGCUUGCGGUAGCUCAGACCCCAACUUCAUGAAGAAUUUUCAGAUCCCAAAUUACCUACUUGUAGCAGAGUGGACGGAUAAGAAUCAUGACCUUGCAAUGAACGCUCCUCCUACGUGUCCGGUGCUAGUUUUUAUCAACUCCAAGAGUGGCGGUCAACUUGGAGGAGACCUUUUAAAAACAUAUCGUACUCUUCUUAAUGAAAAGCAGGUUUUUGAUUUGGGGGAAGAGGCUCCUGACAAGGUGCUGAGCAGAGUCUAUGUUAACUUAGAAAACUGCAAGAGUCAGAAUGAUCAACUUGCUGCAAGGAUCAUGGAGAAGUUGAGAUUAAUUGUUGCAGGGGGUGAUGGAACAGCAGGAUGGCUACUUGGUGUUGUUUGUGAUCUUGAGUUAUCUCAUCCGCCACCGAUCGCCACAGUUCCCUUAGGCACAGGAAAUAAUCUUCCUUUUGCAUUUGGCUGGGGAAAAAAGAACCCAGGGACAGAUGAAUGCUCGGUCAAGACAUUUUUAGAUCAAGUAUUGAAAGCCAAGGAAAUGAAAAUAGACAACUGGCAUAUUCUAAUGAGGAUGAAGGUUCCGAAACAUGGUGCCUGUGAUCCCAUUGCUCCUCUUGAAUUACCUCAUUCUCUACACGCAUUUCAUCGUGUAUCGGAGGCUGAUGAACUUAAUAUGGAAGGGUACCACACUUUUCGUGGGGGAUUUUGGAACUACUUCAGCAUGGGAAUGGAUGCUCAAGUUUCUUAUGCCUUUCAUUCUGAAAGAAAGAUGAAUCCUGAAAAGUUUAAAAAUCAAUUGGUCAAUCAGACCACUUAUGCGAAGCUUGGAUGCAAACAAGGAUGGUUUUUUGCUUCUCUUGUCCAAACGCUUCGAGGUCAGAACAUAGCACUACUUGCGAAAGUAAAGAUCAUGAAAACACGGGAUAAAUGGGAAGAUCUAGACAUACCUUCGAGCAUCAGGUCAAUCGUAUGCCUUAACCUGCCUAGUUUUUCCGGAGGACUGAAUCCUUGGGGUACGCCAAAUACAAGGAAGCAACGUGAUAGGGACUUGACUCCCCCUUUUGUGGAUGAUGGUCUACUAGAAAUCGUUGGUUUCAGAAACGCCUGGCAUGGCCUCGUUUUGCUGGCUCCAAAAGGACACGGAACUCGUCUUGCCCAGGCACACAGAAUCCGGUUUGAGUUUCACAGAGGAGCAGCAGAAGAAACAUUCAUGAGGAUGGAUGGGGAACCUUGGAAGCAGCCUCUUCCGGCGGACGAUGAUACUGUUGUAGUAGAGAUUUCUCACCAUGGUCAGGUCAACAUGCUUGCCACUCAUGAUUGCAAGUCCAGAAGUGUUCUUGAUCCCAUGUCGCCACGUCACAACGAUGUUGCCGAUUAUGAUAGUGAUGAGGAAAACUCUUUAGCAGAGGAAUAUCGCAAGUUUGGAGCCGCAGAUACAUUUAGAAUCCCAGAUGAAGUUGAUAUAUCUCAUCUCAGUUAGGUCCUUAGAAAUUAUGCCCUUUUUCUUAGUGUUAACUCGCAUAUUUGAUGAGGUUGACAUUGCUUGCUGAGUUCAAUUGAGCUAAAGCAUUGAGUAAGCACAGGUUAUGAUUGUUAAUUAGAAUUGAGACAAUAAUCACUUUUCUCAA